AUGACGUCACGUGCCACUAACGAAAACGAAAGUCGAAGGUGCGCACAGGUGCACACCCUCCUCCACCAGGCCGCGCCGUCAGAUACCUCCACCCGCUCCCCGCCCUCACGUUUCUCCACCUCUCCACCUGCCCUCUCCACACACCUCCCUGCACCCCCCACCCCGCCUCCCCCACCAGGUAACGCUUCCCAAACUUCCUCCUUCGUUACCCUCGACCACGGUGCUGUCUGUUACCUACCCCCACACAGUGUGGAGGCGCUAGUGUCGACUCACACACAUACCCACCCAGCGGCUCCCCCACCCCCGACGAUUCCAGACCGACAUUCCCCAUCCGCACCGUUCAAUUCAUAUUCCUGGAAGCCCGGCCUAGCUCUACAGACAUCAAGGGCUGAUAACUCGUACAAUAAAACUCAAGCCCCGACUUCAGAACAUCCCGGUGAUUUUCAAUCUUGUUCAGAAAAAGCCUCAAACAUUCAAAAUGUGGAUUUCUCGAUUCCGGAUAAUCAAGGAAUCUUUUUAACGAAACAAUUAAACACAACAGGUGACGAUAGCGGUUUUUCUUCACACUUUACCCGUGAUUUAAAACUCAAAGAACCAAAAACAUUGGUCUUCUACUUCCGGUCGAAAAGUCUCUUCAAGGACGAGCGAACAAGCCGGCAGAAGUGUGGCCGGCUCAAGGACGAGCGAACAAGCCGGCAGACGUGUGGCCGGCAGCACGAGAGCGGCUCGUCUCUGACACAACGCCGGCUCACCGGCCGAUCGAUCCACGCGGCCAGUCAGCCGGUUCCACGCCUCACCCACGGGGCAGACGGUCACGUGACCAGCGGUUCGAACCCUGCAGGAGCAGACCCUCGACCCAGCCGUGGUGUUUGUGUCACCGUCAAUGGUGUCAUUCGUGAGACACCCUCACCCAGGGAAACACCAAUCACCCGUCAAUCACUGACCAACACCGCCAUAGACUCGGAAACUACUGUGAACUCAUGUUCAGAUACCAGUGACGUGUAUCUUAAGACCUGUGACGUAGGGACUGAAUUAUCAGAUUUUCCUCAACUUUUUCAACCAAAACAUAACUUCGCUGGUGGCACUGAGAUAGCUGGUUCAGCUGGUGGCACUGAGAUAGCUGGUUCAGCUGGUGGCACUGAGAUAGCUGGUUCAGCUGGUGGCACUGAGAUAGCUGGUUCAGCUGGUGGCACUGAGAUAGCUGGUGGCACUGAGAUAGCUGGUUCAGCUGGUGGCACUGAGAUAGCUGGUUCAGCUGGUGGCACUGAGAUAGCUGGUUCAGCUGGUGGCACUGAGAUAGCUGGUGGCACUGAGAUAGCUGGUUCAGCUGGUGGCACUGAGAUAGCUGGUUCAGCUAGUGGCACUGAUAUAGCUGGUUCAGCUGGUGGCACUGAGAUAGCUGGUUCAGCUGGUGGCACUGAGAUAGCUGGUUCAGCUGGUGAGAUAGCUGGUUCAGCUGGUGGCACUGAGAUAGCUGGUUCAGCUGGUGAGAUAGCUGGUUCAGCUGGUGAGAUAGCUGGUUCAGCUGGUGGCACUGAGAUAGCUGGUUCAGCUGGUGGCACUGAGAUAGCUGGUUCAGCUGGUGGCACUGAGAUAGCUGGUUAA